AUGCCCGUAUCUUGGCAGCUUGACCACGGCCUACCUAAGGGUUUGGCGCUCUGCUUCAUCUUGCCAGGGGUUGUCGCCGUCGGCCUUUCGUUCUCGACGCAAGUUGACAAGUCUCUCACCUUGUUGUCCGCAAUUGUUCUCCUUGGAGGUGCAUUCUACCUCGGUCUUGGCCCAAGACACAGAACUGUUCUCAAACCCGACGUUUUCCAAGAGUUCAAACUCGCUGAAAAGACCAUAGUCAGCCACAAUGUAGCCAUCUAUCGCUUCAAGCUACCAUAUCUCGAGUCGAUCCUUGGCCUCCCUAUCGGCCAGCACAUAUCCAUCGGAGCAGCCAUCAAGCAGCCUGACGGCAGCGUCAAGGAAAUCAUACGGUCCUAUACCCCUAUCUCGGGUGAUCACCAGCCUGGCUACUUUGAUCUCCUCAUCAAGGCGUACCCAAAAGGGAACAUCUCCCAGUUCGUGGCUUCACUUUCCAUCGGUCAACCCAUCCGGGUACGGGGUCCUAAGGGAGCCUUCACAUAUACCCAAAACAUGGUGCGCCGGUUUGGAAUGAUCGCCGGGGGUACGGGCAUCACGCCAAUGCUUCAGAUCAUGACAGCCAUCGUCCGAGGCCGGUCCAGCGGGGAUAGGACCAAGGUAGACCUCAUCUUUGCCAAUGUUACGGGGCAAGACAUCCUCCUAAAGGAUGAGCUUGACAGCCUGGCACAGGACGCGGGCAUUCGCAUCCGAUACGUACUUGACAAACCUCCCCAGGGCUGGAAAGGGGGAGUUGGCUACAUCACGGCCGACAUGAUCACUAAAUGGCUUCCUGCCCCUGCUCCAGAUGUAAAGAUAUUACUUUGCGGCCCGCCUCCAAUGGUUGGUUCUCUGAAGAAGGUGACUGAGAGCUUGGGAUACCAGAAAGCUCGAGCUGUGAGCAAGUUGGAGGACCAGGUUUUCUCGUUUUAG